AUGUCUCGUCUACUCAGCCUCCCAGCACCUUUGCCAUCAGAGUCCGUCACGCUCGGACAACUCCUCACCAAUCCUCUGAAUCCUUCUUCCAGCUCUUUAAAGCUCCAAAAAUCCCCUGCUUCACGACAACUAUCAUCCCAGUCGGAAGACGAAGACGCUCACGCCACAACCCAUGUUACUAUCGAUGAACCAUCGCAGGUUUUCGACAACCUGCGUCAUGAGCCCACAACACAAGCCUUCCUCCGCAAGAUGUCACAACAACAGAAGCCAAUUUACUUCGUCACCGGACUUGAAACAUCCAAAUCUCCUUGUCAUAAGCGUGCGGCUAUGCCACACGAACCCAUAACCGAGGCAGCUUCAACCCCGCAACCACAACUCCACCUUCCAUUUCGACGGGUAGAUUCGGCAUCUAACAUGACCUCGCCUUCUUCGCCUACCAAAUCAGAACCGGCAGAGGCAAUCCUCGCGGUACAACUGCUGAAAGUUAGGUGCCGUGUUGGUGCUGUCAAUGAGCCGCAUUGUAUUUCGGAUGUGGACUACAUUUGGAGCUACCAUUUAGUCGACGAUGACGAUUCGGAUGAUUUACAGCUCUCCAUAGGAUUAGGUAAAGUGGUGGACGAACAAGAAUGGAGGGCUUUGGCGGGAAUAUCACAGAAGCGGGAGGAGAGAGACGCGGAUCGUGACUGGUCUUAUAAUUACGAAGACAGCGACGAUGGUCUCGGUGGAUUCUGA